AUGAUGUUGACGCCGUCACGUUGGCCUUCUCGUGGCUCGCCUCGUUCGGGUCUCAUUGUGCUGUCCCUUUGCUUUGCAGAUAACAUCCUGGUGGAGGCGAAGGUCAAGUUAUGGACAGCUGUAUUUCUCCUUAGCUGCAUGAUCUACUUGGUCCCCCCCUUUAUAUUUUUAGACCAGCUUUCUGCAAACAAACUCUUAGCUUCGAUCAUGUUGAAACCGAUGGUGCGAAUUGUGUAAGUAGCGUGUAGUUGUGCAGGAGGUUAACGCACUCCCACCAUCGCCGGGCAGCAUCCUGGGAAAAAUGUGGGUCAUCGUAUAUUUCUAGUAUACCGCCCGCCAUAACCCCCUCCCUGUUGUUUGUAAUUGUAAUUGUAUUCCCAUGAAUUGUACUUACAAAAAUAUUACAUAUUAUUGAGAUGAGACGAGGAGCAAGAUACUUGAAUAAACCAACACGAAGAGAUGACACUACAGAUACUUGGAUAAGGCAGAAGAGAUGACACUACUGAUACCUACUUAGAAGAUAAACCAACUCGACUUCGACUAUAGCGAAGAGAUGACACUACAAGCAAGAGCAAAAAGGGUCGAAAUAUAUAGCGGUCACAUCAGGAAGUGCAAAGGAUGAACUCUAUAACAACAGCAACCACCUCUAGUAUAGGCACAAUCAUCAUGAUCAUCAUCAUCAUCAUCAUCAUCAUCAUUAUCAUCGUCAUUCACAUGAAUACGAAUAGAAGAGGACUCUAAUCAAGGAAGGGAAUUUGCGCGGUAUCGACACUGGUGCAGCGUACCUAGGAACGAGCACGCAGAAGGCUGCUGAGAAAGAGAAUUAUGAAAACUGCAAUAUCUAUAUCUAUAAGUAGAACUACCAACCUUCCUACAACACCUAAGUACUUACAUGAUAUUGAUAGGUAGUAUCUUCCUACAUCUACAAGAACUAGUAUCUUCCUACAUGAUCUGGUACAACUUGUUCUAUCUUCUACUUCUGCCGAAUGAAGAAAAAAGGGUACUCUUACACCCACAAAAUUCUUCUUUUAAUACAAAAAUUAGACUUCUGAUACUGAUGCUGUUCUAUAUUUCUAAGUCUAAGACAAUCAUGAACAAGCGGAACAACAAGCGGAUGCUUAUACGUCAGUUCCUGAUGUCUACUCUGCAGUCUCAGACUAUUGGAUUCCCGCUGCAACCUCGUUCUUAAACGUGUACGGUGGCAACACGGACGAGCCAGAGCCGACGAAAGUCGAGGCAUUUAAGGGAAUGGGAUUGGGAAGUUUCUUUCUCUGAAUAUAAUAUUGUAGUCUACCUGGUACUUCUGAUUGUUGUUGUUCUAAAAAGGGGAUUUUUUUCGCUUGUAGUUCAGAUGAGUGCCUUAGACACGACUCAGGCGGGACUCAAUCAACCGACGACUCUCAAUGUAGUUAGUUGAAGAAAAAUGAAGAGCAAUAAUAGUCCUCUGCGACAUCAUCAAGAAGAACUUGUAGAGUUGGCUUUCAACGAGUGAUAAAACCCAUGUGUCGGCGUCGAUAUCACUGAUUCUUUCGGUACCAAUUUCAUCAGUAAUAGUUUUAGUUGUACUAGAAAUACAGUCUUUACCUACUGCUUCUAAAAUCAGUGCUUGUGAUGGUUCUUCUUCGGCUUUGGAGAUGAAGCAAUCAGCUUGCUGCGGAGGUGGUUCGGACGAUUCAUCGAAGAGCACUGCAGCUGCAAAACCUCCUGCUGAAGUCGGAACAACAACCCCAUCGGCAAGCGGAGCCCGUGCGGGUGCACCACUUAAUAAGGCCUGGGUAAGUCUUUUGAACUCGAAGUCUUGAAAUGUGUUUGAAUCUUUGUAGAAAAAUCUUCAGUUAUUAGUAAUGGAUCGUGAUGCAACUCAUCGUUAAAUAUCAAAUCUUCUACCUGAUCCUCUUCCUCGUCUUCGUCUUCUACCUGAACUGUUGUAGUUGUCUAGAACUACUAGUGGUAGUAGUCUAGAACUACUAGUGGUAGUAGUUCUUGUCAGUCUGAUGGAUGCGACAGGUAUAGGUAAUUAGUACAACAUAUAAUUUAUUAUAGAAUAGUGUAGUUAACCUAACCUAACCAGUUGUAGUACGAUCUUUUGCACUUCUGUUCUCUCUGCUUCCGAGCUUCAUCUACUUGCUAGUAGUUUCGCUAGUGGCCUUCCAGCUAAAAAGAUGAUAGUAGUUACUUUCGCUUGAAGAGGUACUCCUACAUCAUUUUUUACUUCUGCUGGUCGGGGCUUCACCCGUGGAUCUGCGAUGAGUAGAGCGGUACCUCACUAACGUGUAAGAUUGACAGUUCUCGUUGCACCGUGUAAGAUAAUUCUACUUGUUCUUGUCACAUGAAGAUAGAAGUUCUAGUUGUAAGAUAGUAGUACUAUUAGCUCAUCUUGUAGGAACGUGUAUGUACGAUGGAUCAUGAGACGAGACCUGCUCUAAUUUCCGAGGCCCUGGCGCUAGCACAACUGGCGGUGCCAGCACUGGCGCGCGCACUGGCACGGGCAGCGAUGGCGAUGGCGCUGGCGCUGGCGCUGGCGCUGGCGAUGGCGAUGGCGGCACUGGCAGGACUGGCAGGAAUGGCGCCGAGCGUCCCGAUAAAGGGACGGCUUCGGGUUUGAACAGAGACACGAAGACCUUAUUCACGGAGAAGCACGUGAACAUCGUUAAGGCUUCCCCUAAUCCAUCUCCAUAGAAGGGAUCCCUCAACCAUAUGCAAGGGCCCAUAUGCCUAUUCUGAAAGAUGUUACUUUUGUGAAAAAGACAAUCUGGCCUUUGGUCUUCCCCGGUCCAUCUCAAUACUAUGUACUGAAAGCGCCCCGAACUUGAUCCGAACUUGGGGGCGCAACUUUCUCCGAGGGCACGCAGAGGCAUGCCAAUGCAUGAUUUGGUCAGGGAUCUCUGUCUACAGGGAUGAACUACGCCGGAGCGGUCUAAUGUCCGUGCUCAUGUCACGAACGCUGCCUGGGGUAAGGGCGAUGACCCUUACAAGUGCCUUAUGAUCUUUGGAGCAGCACAGUUCUACAUUUAUCUUUUUUUGUUUACCUCCUGGAGUUGAAGUUGAUUAAUGGUUGGUGGUGCCUCUGUGGCUACUUACACAUAUUCGCCUGAGGAUACGGGUCAAACAGUGGCUGGUGAUUAUACAGUCAACUCCUUCUAUCCUAUCUAUCUCGCUACAAGUACAACCUCCUCACACACAUCUUUCUGCCAACUAGACAAGCACCCCUAGAUACAACAUCUGAGCUUGAUCCCUCGUAUUUAAUCGCUGUGAGCCUCCAGGUGCAGUUUCUAUCUAUGUAAGUAUUAUGAGCGUCAGUCUUAUAUAUUUACUUCCCCAGCCAUUUUGGCUCACGCUUCUCAACGUUAUGAUCAAGAUCGAGCAAGUCAAUGCUUUGCACCCUCUGGAUAAAAAAGUUAUUUCUAAUAUCCCUGCAUCUGACGAAGAAAAGGAUGCUGUUGCAACUCCGAAGAUGGAAACGAGUUUCGCUUUGAUGGACCAGUCGAAAAAGAAUACCUUGACGACAAACAAAAACACUUUGCAAAUUACGAGAGACUCUUUUCCUAUCCUACUUGUCCUAUCCUAACCUAUGCAUGCUAUCCUAGUAACCUAUGACAACCUAUGCUACCCUAUCCUAUCCUGCUAUCCUAUCCUAUACUAUCCUAUCCUAUCCUAUUUCCCACUUCAAGUUCUUGACUGUCCUCUUACUUGUAGCCUCUUUACUUAUAUCAUUUAAUGACAUUACGUAGACUGAUGCGACUGACUCUGACGCUGACCCCAUUGACAAAAAGACAACCGCUUGCUAUACUAAUUCGAGAGAACAACCAACAACAACGAUAUUAACAAAAAUGCGUAUUUGAGUUUGAUGUUAGAGGUUUCAUUAUUAUUUGACCAGUAGUCGCGAGAGCCGAGCACUUCACCGAGGCACGCACAGGGCUGUUGGACAACACGCGGCGCCUAGAAUAGAAGGGUCCCAAUUAGCAUGGCCAUGAAAUUACUCUAAACGCUGUUUUACAUCUACAUGCUUUCUUUUUUGCUUCUUCUAGUUAGGUUGGCUCCACCACUAUUAUUUGACCAGCAGUAGUUGCUGUUCAUCCUCAACAUCCAGCGUUUUUGCUGUUUAUUCAGAGAAGAUGUUACCUCAAGUAGUGGAUACUGUUAUUCAGCGAUAUUCUUCUAAUCUUGGUCUCGGCUGUACGGAUCCGAGCAACGAGGAGUAUAAGCAGUUGGAACGCUUGUGGGCGGAAGAAAAAACUGCAGAUCAUUAAGGCUUGCGCUUUUUGUGACUUCAUCAAUUUGUUGCUGUUUUAUAGAUGAAAAAUAGGAAGUUAUACAUAGUGUCUUCUGGUCUUAUCCACCCUUUACAACUGCUGCUGUUUCAUAAAUCUUGUGUUCUAGCGUCUUCUGAUCGUAUCCACCCCUUACAACUACUUAGAGGUUUCUAUUACUUAGAAACUUCUUGUCGGGGGAGAAGAUCAGAAGCCAAGAGAGCACUCAAACUAUACAUACAACUAAGAGGACCUCGACGUCAUCAAAAUCAAGUAUCACUUAAAAUAAUUUGAGGGAUCACAACUUCAAUAGCGUUUAUUAAAGAAGGCACAUUGCACAACGAACUUGAAGUAGGAUAACCAUUCUGGAAUUAUAAGCAUAGAAAUUGAACAAUAUUACCCGUACAACUACUGAAAAUAGGCGAGUAGGUAUCUGAAGUAACCGAGUAUCUGCGCAGAUAAUUAUCUAUGCUACUCGGUUAUUUCAGUUUUUUGAGUAGCUCUAAAGAAAUUUGGAUUUGGAGACAGUUCUCGGUCGAACGGCAGAUGGUGCUGUGCUCACGCCCACCCCUUGCGAAUACGUUGCCUUGCAGAAUUUCGCGGUGGUACUAGAUUUCGACUUCUACAGGCCUUGAACUUGAUCCAUCUUGGUUCAUCUAAAUUAUAUUGCUUUUGCUCCAUCUCAAUUUAACAGAAAAGUGUAUCCGGAAAAGUUUAGUUGUUGAGUGUGAGUAAUGGUUUUGGUUAUGGUUUUCUGUCUACUUAUAAGCAGUGAAUGUAAAAAUUCAUUCUCAUUCAUUGGUUCAUCUCUUCAGCUUAGAAACAGAAAAGUGAAUGUUGUAAUUUAUUGGUUCAUCAUCUUGUUUUUCAGAAAAACGAGUUGGUUGUUGUGACGAUGUUUUACGCAUAUUGGUGUACGCAUUGCGAAACUUUUCAUUCGAAAUUUGCUGACGCCGCGAAGCAGAUCAUGCUCAGAGGCGAUGAGACAGAUAAGAAAUUCCUCUUCCUGGGUGUGCAUUGCGAAGCACAUUGCGUUGGAAGUUUUUUUAUGAACUACGGAUCGAUGGAUAUUGGAUCAUGAGGAUGUGGAAUUGAUGCUUAUCUUUAUCAGAUGUUCAACAUGUUGUAGGAGCAGUGGCUUUCCUUAUUUCUAGUGAGGGCUCCACUGGAUACAUACCACUGGAACCUUUAUCUACUUUAUCAGUUGUUGUUGUAUCACAAGAAAGUAAAGAGGGGUCACUUCAUAGUCUCAUUGAGAAUUGGAACUUUUGUUGUUGCUCGUAGUCUUUGGCCUAGAAGCGCUGUAGCUUUCGCUUCAAAACUUAUUUUCAUCGAGUUUGAGUUUGAGAACACCGAUGAAAAUAACCUCAAAAGACUCGUCUGAAUUAUUUUCUUCAACUACCACCUCGACCUAGACCUACAUUGUUUUUGUUAAUUUCGAUAGAUCUUCAUCUUCUUGUUCAUCUUGUUGAUCCCUUUCUACGGCAUGUCCCUUUUUCCGCUCUGUUCUUCCCUCCGCUCUGUUCCUCUUUCUGCCUCCUUGUUCCUCUUUCACCUGCCUACUUGUUCCUCUUCCCGCCUUGUCCCUCUAAUCGCCUGUGCGGGACAGUCAUCAACCUUUAUCCGACUAUUGUGUUUCAGAUGAUAAGCGAAGGAGAACCCGUAUGGGGAAGUGGUCUUCCUCAUCCUAAGGAUGGUGCUGCGCUUGCAGACAUCCUCCGCGCUAUGUAUGACAAGGAACAAAAAACGGUACUUUUUUUUUCUUUAGUAUGCCAAUUGUUGGUCUCAACUGCAUAGGAGAAGGUCACGAAUAGAACAUGAAACAGGAAGUGCUAUGCUAACGGCCUAUAGAUGCGUCGGUCAUGACAUGCAGCUCUCGCAUGUUUCGGUUCAUUUGAUGGCAUAUCCAGCCUAUACGCUCACUCCGUCAUAAGUGAGCCUACUCCUAUCCUAUCCUAUGCCAGAGCAUUCUAUAGCACGCAUGGCGCACGGAGUGGCAUGGAGUUCAUGGAGCGCAGAUCCAGAAGGGACGCAAGAGGCGCCCCCUUUAGCUCCAUGCGGUCCAUGCACUCCAUGCCAAGCGAGCUGGCAAAUCUUAAAAAUUACUCUGGUAUACCUACUUAGGUAACUGAAAGCGAAAGCGUUUGCGUCUGAUGCGAGGACAAGUCUUCAACGUGAAGCUGAAAGCUUUACUUCUUGUGCAUCUUCUUCCUUAUAAUAAAUAAGUAGAACAAUUGACCCCACGUGAAGAUAAUCUCAAAUAGAAUAAAAAUGAUAACCCCAACAGCACGACGUGAUAAAGAGCUCAAAUUCCUGAACAGAAUAUGAAUUAUAUCACGAUCACCUGUACGUGAUAAUCUCAAAUUAAUAGAAUUUAUGAUUAUGAAUAACAAUAACCCCCAAUGAAAUAUGACACAUCAUACUCCACAUACGCAUGACAAUACUUAUGAUAAUCACAGGCUGGCAGUGUUUUGACGUUGUCUACUAUGAAGGGUGAAGCUGACCCUUUUGCCGGAUUUGGCGCCAUUGGUGAUGAGCCCGUGGUGGCUUACACUAUUAUGACAUGAACUGACACCUUAGAAUCCUAGAUACUGUGAUUUCUCUUAGAUACUGUGAUACCUUAGAAAUAAGAACCUGCAUACAACUGUGACUUCUUUUAGUUAGAUACUGUGAUUUUCUCUUAGAAACCUAGGUACAUAGUAUUCGUAGAUAACUAGGGAAGUAAUUAUGACUACAUGAAAGGGCAUCAACUAUGACCCGAAGAUCUUGUUAAUGUAUCAUCUCUACUUUUUUGGAUUACUAUGCUGCUCCUGCUGUGGUGGAUUUGUAUCAUUUAAUGUUUCGGUCUCUCUGAGUAAGUCAACAGUAGUUGUACUAAAGUUGUGAAGUAAUAGUAAGAAAGUAUUAGUUUUAGUAUCUUUCACUUUCAGCAGGCUAGAAAAGCGGGUAGAACUCGUCAGGGAAAUCUUAGGCAUCUUGCCGAAUAGAUUCAAAUCGUCACCUUUCACUCUCAGAGUCAGAGUAACAGUAAGUCCUCGUCUGAUUACAAUUUUCCGCCGACUAGUACUAACAAGAAUACUGAGUGUUAACUACAUUUUCUGUAAGAGUGAGGUCGUCGUUGUUGUACUUGUAAGUAGGUAGUCGUACUAGUGCUAACUUCUACUCUAUUCAGUAGUCUACUUUACUCAGUAGUUGUUCUUGUACUGUACACCACGUCGCUGGGAACGUGAUAUUCAGCAACUCCAUCCCCUCUAAGACUCAAUUCCUGACGAUGAACGCGGAUAAAGUCCAGUCCGGUUGGCCUGAUAACGAUCGCAGCUACUACAACAAGGUUCAAGAAAAAAAGCUCUCGGGUGACGUUUAUGCUUGUCAUGCUCUUAUUAGAAAUCUGAAACCUAAACGUACGUGUGAGGGUAGGUAGCUCUAGCUCUGGGGCUAGCUUUGCUCACGGCCUCCAAAGAUGAUGUCCGUAUCAUUGUCUCUUCCUUUUCUAACAAAAGAAGAUCCAGAUGCAAGGCAUGGACAAGGAAAAGGCAAAGCAGGUCCUGCACCAGUUCACUCCGAUCAACCUCGUCAAGCUUUACAAUUACGGCACCAGCAACUUAAUACUGAAGAUAGUAAUAGUAUGUUGUUCUUGUGCAUGACAAGGACAAUAUCUUCGUAAUAGUAUGCUAUGUGUAUGACAAGGACGAUGAUUGCCCGGGACCACUCAUACCUAUGCAUACAAAGGCAGUAGUACUAGCGUGGAUAAAAAAAAUGGAUCGUCCUAAUCAUGUUGAUGCUAAUCCAUAUUUACAGCCACAGGCUCAGAGGUGUGAUCCUGAUCGGUCCUGGAGAUUAUGAGGGUUUAUUCUUAUUGCAAGGGGAAAAGGAAAAGGACGAACACGAAAACGUUUUUUCUAGUUCUAAUACAAUCCUGACGGCGAGACGAAUAUGUCUCCCGAACAGGAAAAGCGGCUGGAGGAAGUCGGAAAACAGGUCACCAAGAUCGGAGAACAGGUCAUCAGCAAGGCUACUGCGAAGUUAAGAAUUGGAAGAAUUAUUUUUCUUAGACUACUUUUUUAAUAUGAAACAAGUCAUGUUGAUAUUGAUUACAUUUCAAAAGUCAUAAUUUUAAUUACAUUUUUAAGAACGAACAAGAAACUAUGAUUAUCUUCUUCAAGACCCCAUCCUCCUGAACACCUUGAACAGAAGUAGCAAUACCCUCAACAGGAGAACUAACAAUUACAAUACCCUCAACAGAAGUAGCAAUACCUUCAACAGGAGAACUAACAAUUGCAAUACCCUCAAGAGAAGUAACAAUACCCUCAACAGGAGUAACAAUACCCUCAACAGAAGUAGCAAUACCCUCGUCCUCCCUCUUCUAAGUUCCGAAAAUAUGUUGACAACUUCGCUUCUGUUUUUCCUGAAGUUUCUGGCGAAGCCGCAGCACAUGAGCGCGUUGCCAAUGGGCGGAGAAUCGGGACAGGAGAAACUUCUUGCGUUUCGACGUGUUGUCCUCGCUACCUUGUCGUCUGUUUUCUUUAUGAUUCCUUUUAAAAGUAGUUUUUAAAGGGCAAGGGGUGCUGGGGAAACAAGAAACGACAGGAUAGAAUAAUCUUCAUCAAUUUCGAAUAUCUCGCCCUCACGUUCACGACAAUUUGAUGAAGUUAGCAAUUCAAUUUGAUGUCAAUUUCGACUUCGAGUGACAGUCUGACUGGUAACUAUGUAUGAUAUCUUCUUUUUGCGUUUGCAUUGUCUACUUUCUAUCACAAUGUUGUACCCGUUAGGUUCUUUAGAAGUUAUAACUAUAGCUGUAAAUGUACAGUGUCAUCAGCCUCAGCCUCAGCUGCUGAGCACUCUCUUUUUCUCGUACGACCUUACAGUCUCAGCACUCGUCGUGGUCGUCUCUAGUACGGCGGAGCACUCGUCGUCUCUAGUAGGUAGGAUCAGCGUCACCCCCACCACCUCGUCUCAGCACUCGUCGUCUCUAGUAGGUAAGAUCAGAGUCACAGUCUCCCUCACCAGAACGUACUAGCAGUAAAACUGAUCCUCUUCUAAUGUGGCACCAGAGAAACUACAGAAGAGCAAGGCUCUCAGCCUCAAUCUUAAGGAUGAAAAGACCGGGACCGGUGGAAGUGUGGAUCUUACUGGCGCUGACACCGUCAGCACCAAUAUGCUGAUGGGCGCCGCGCAUUUACUUGGGAGGAUCAAUGGCUUAUGAAAGGCGAAGUGGUACUAGAGAUAUAUGAAGGUCAUUCCUUUUCUUGCGCUAAGAAAGACGAAAGGUGAAGAAGUAGGAAAAGAUAGACAUAGAAGAAUGAUGUUCAUGAUCUUUCUACAAGAAGUCAUGAUGUAGCAUUUUAUUAGCAGAAGAUAGCUGAUGUGUACGUGAUCUACCUGUACCUGGUGAAUUCAAAUUCAUUCUUGUUCUUCUGGAACUCCUUCAUAUGAUCGAAGUCGUCAUCAUCAUCGUCAUCAUCAUCAUCAUCAUCGUGCGCGCUCGUACUCAAGGCGUUGGCUUUUUUUUGCCAAAUACAAGAUGCGUGAUGUCUGGGGCUCAUUAGUGACGACUACUUCUGUAGGCUGACUUCUACAUACAAUAUCCCACGUGCACGUCGGACCACCUCUAACUCCGGUGACACCGAAUCCGAGCCACAUUGCAACCGGGACAGAGGGAGGAGACCCGCACCGCCCGGAAUUGGCGAUGGGCUCCCUUUCUCCACAGACCGCAGCGGACGGUACUCUUGCUUAAGGCAACAAUACAGCACACCUGUUGGCUGUUGAACAGAAUAUAGAGACGACCCCUCAUGAUAAUAGUUGCCAGCAAGUGGCAACACUUGUGCUAAGUGUAACUUCUAACUAGAACCAGUAAUCUAUCUAGUACUUAUUUCAUCAACAGAUUCUGAUACACCAGAUAAAAAAAGACUGAAAUACAGACUAAUAUCUUAGCAAGUUAAUCAAAGUCAACAUGUUCAUGUUGGUCAGUAUCAAAUGAUUGUAACGGUGCGUCUACUUCUAUGUGUUUUACUAUCUAGUUAUAGGUGUAGCAAGGGGUGUACGAUUUGCACGUGUUGUACUAGGUGUACCAGCAAAAUGAAAAUCCAGACAGUAUAGCUGCAACUGCAAGGAUUAGCAACAUCAACAUACUACUUGAGUUCUAGUUCGUGUGUCCUGUCCUCUAAUUCACAAAGGCGCAGCACCAGUUGCGAACGGAGAUGAUCAAUGCCAAAUUGGACAUCAAUCCGCAAGGUAAAGAUCUCACCGCGGACGAUGUCAGCUUCUUUUGUUAUGAAGACUGUGUGAGAAGUGAACAGGCCAACGCUUAAACAACUGAACCAAAAACACUUAGAAACUUUGAAUGUAACAGACGGUUGCAGGAGUCGGACAAGUAUCGCCAGAAUUUGAGUAAGUCUCUUACUCUUGUUCUCAUCGACUUGAUAUUGAUGCAUGUGCUUGUUGCUACUAUCUAUUGUUCCUCGACGGACCGGCGUGCCAUCUUGUUAUCCGUCCUUAGUAAUAAAUCCGUACCAUUGUAGUUGUAUGACCCUCAUCUUCCUUCCCUCGUAAACGUUUUUUGUCCCAUAGCACUUCAUCUUUGUAAUCUCACUCCAUUUCUUGAAAUUCAAAGGUCCCCAACAUGCUUAGUAUCCACUCUCUAACUUUGGUCCAUUUUCCAUUUCGUUGCUGUGGCCAGCGCGACGCCUGAGAUGGCCUUCAGGUUUAUUGACGAGGUGAUGAAACACUGGAUGCUCUGCAGCCAAUGUCGCCGCCACUACAUGCAGGACCCACUUGCACGUCGUGCACUGAAAUCAGCUGCGGACCCGGCAACGGGAGAUAAGAAGAAAUUCAUUUAUGAUGAUGAGGAUGAGCUGGAAGAAGAAAAUAGAAGUACUAGAAUGAAUUGGAAUUCAUCUAUGAUAUGUUGUGCUAGAAGAAAAUGAAAAAGCUACUGUAGAAGCAAGUAAGAAGUAAAGGUUAAGAUAUCAUCUUAGCUUUGGAUGAACAUGAAGAAAACAAACAACAAGUUUGUAUAUUACCGGAUUAUCUGUGUAAGACUUCUUCUCUUUCCUCUUUUCCUUCAUUUCUUCCUGGCUUUGUGGCGAUUUCACAACGACGUUUCAGUUCGCGUGCAAGUCGAAAAAGCAGUUGGCAAUUCCUGCAGCACUGGAGCACCGGCGGAUGCUGCAAAGCCCAAAAUCGAAGAUCGCCGUUGGCCUUCCUGCAAGCUUUGCCCGGAUUGCUAUCAUGCAGAAAAGUAUAUGUUGCUCAUCUUUUUGUUUUUGAGUUUGAGAUGAUUAAAGAUAAAGAAUUAAGAAAUCCAUUCGCAUUCUUAUCGUAAAAAUGAAGAGCCCGAAGUAGAUCUUCUUGUUCGUUGUUUAUUUUCACAACAUAAUAAAUCUACUUUUCAGACUACUUACAGACUAUUUCGAAGACUACACAUUAGAAGGAUUAGACAUACUUAUCCAUAGAAGUGAUAGAGAUAGACUCGAUCCUCCUCCAUUUUCAAAUUCUUCUAACAGAUGCACGGACAGCACCGGUGCAGCCGCUCCUGCCGCUGCGACUACCUGGCCCCAAACAGCGGAAUGCGAAUCACUCAUGUCGAAGAGUGUUGAGCGCCCUCAUGCACAAGAGGAAGAGGCAGAUGCAGUCUUCAACCUAGAUAAGACCCACGAAUUCCUCGUGUCCAUCUACGGAAUCGAAUGA